GAGCGUUUAAUUUGACUUCAAAAACUGUGCGUUUUAUGCUCAGCCCCAAGGUCUUAAAUCGUUCGUCCCAAGAAAAGAGCGCGAAUUCUACAAGACUGACAAUCCCACAGCCCGAAGCGGAAAUUUCUCUGCACUACUGAAUCGGCCAUCGCUGAAACAUCUCCGCCUUGUCUUUGUUUUCCAAAAUAAACAAGACCCCAAAAACUAAGAGACUCUAAUGGCUUCAACCUCGGCUUCUCGGCCCGAUGGCGUCACCGGAAGGAUGAGAAACGCGGCUUCAACAAUCUGCUCCGACAACCAGUCUCUCAUUGCUGAAAUUCGGAAGGCCCUGAGUAUGAUGAGGGACAUUGCAGUUGAUUUGGAGAAACAUAAUCAAUUUGAAAAGGUGAAGGAGCUUGAAAAGGCCGUUGCUGAACUGGUGAAUUCUUAUGAAGACUGUAUGCAUCAUUCAUCGGCCAUUCAAUCUGUUGCGAAUGCAUAUCAGCCAGGGUCAGAGUCAACUGAUUUCAAAAAGUUGCUUGAGGGUGAGUUUGUGAAGCUUAAAGGCUCUUCCAAAUCUGAUUUACAGAAUCAUCGACUGAUGCGUCAAUUUAGAGAAGCUAUUUGGAAUGUUCAUCAUGCAGGACAGCCAAUGCCAGGUGAAGAGCAUGAGGAUAUUGUAAUGACAAGCACACAGUGCAAUCUGUUGAAUUUUACCUGCCCGCUAAGUGGGAAACCUGUAACUGAAUUAGCUGAACCAGUUCGUAGUGUGGAAUGCCAGCAUAUUUACGACAAGAAGGCAAUCAUGAUCUACCUACGAUCCAAGAAUACAAAUGGUCAAUGCCCUUUAGCUGGUUGCCCUAAGAUUUUGCAGGCAUCGAAAGUGUUUUGCGACCCAUUGUUACUUGUUGAAAUUGAUGAAAUGCGUGCAAUGAGUAAACACAAUACUAGGACUGAAGUCAUUGAAGAUUUCACAGCACUCGAUGAGGAGGACUAAUGAUAUUACUCGCUUGUGGAAAGCUCUUGUAUUCAGUAUCAGGUUUGACAACUACAAGCUAAUUUAGGCCUUUUCUAAUACUACUACCGCAUAUAUACCUGGAGGAACGUACCUCUACAUCCUUCAUAACUUUCUUGUUCCCUUGUCAUUGCUGCGCCUUUUUGUGAAUGGAUGUUAAUCUUGCUAUUAAAUACUUGAAAAAGACUUUUUCAGAAAAACAGAAUAUUCCCCAUAUAUGAAUUUGCCUGAAAGGCUUUUUGAGUA